UCGUUGGAGUAAUAAACAAGUAUCUAUGCAUUCGUUUCCCGAAAGUAGAACUAAUCCUCCCAUUGCGUAUUGGUACUUAUCGGGUAUAGAAUAGAUCUGCUUCUCUUUGUUCUUACGAACAGAAUUGUUCCAUUAUUUUCAAUGGAACGGAAUAAAAAUUAACCCUUUCUCAUACGGAAUCUACUGAAAAGGUUAGAUACAUAGUAUAGUCUUUUCCAAUGCGAUAAAAUAAAGUGACAUAGUGUCUAUUUUUCUUUGAUAAAGGGGUAUUUCCAUGGGUUUGCCUUGGUAUCGUGUUCAUACUGUCGUAUUGAAUGAUCCCGGUCGAUUGCUUUCUGUCCAUAUAAUGCAUACAGCCCUAGUUGCUGGUUGGGCCGGUUCGAUGGCUUUAUACGAAUUAGCGGUUUUUGAUCCCUCUGACCCCGCUCUUGAUCCAAUGUGGAGACAAGGUAUGUUCGUUAUACCCUUCAUGACUCGUUUAGGAAUAACCAAUUCGUGGGGUGGUUGGAGUAUUUCAGGAGGAACUGUAACGAAUCCCGGUAUUUGGAGUUAUGAAGGUGUGGCAGGGGCACAUAUUGUGUUUUCUGGCUUGUGCUUCUUGGCAGCUAUCUGGCAUUGGGUGUAUUGGGACCUAGAAAUAUUCUGUGAUGAACGUACGGGCAAACCAUCUUUGGAUUUGCCUAAGAUCUUUGGAAUUCAUUUAUUUCUCUCAGGGUUGGCUUGCUUUGGCUUUGGCGCAUUUCAUGUAACAGGUUUGUAUGGUCCUGGAAUAUGGGUGUCCGAUCCUUAUGGACUAACUGGAAAAGUACAACCCGUAAGUCCAGCGUGGGGCGCAGAAGGCUUUGAUCCUUUUGUUCCCGGAGGAAUAGCCUCUCAUCAUAUUGCAGCGGGUACAUUGGGCAUAUUAGCAGGCUUAUUCCAUCUUAGUGUCCGUCCGCCUCAACGUCUAUACAAAGGAUUACGUAUGGGCAAUAUUGAAACUGUACUUUCCAGUAGUAUCGCUGCUGUUUUUUUUGCAGCUUUCGUUGUUGCUGGAACUAUGUGGUAUGGUUCAGCAACUACCCCAAUCGAAUUAUUUGGUCCCACUCGUUAUCAGUGGGAUCAGGGAUACUUUCAGCAAGAAAUAUAUCGAAGAGUUAGCGCCGGACUAGCCCAAAAUCUGAGUUUAUCGGAAGCUUGGUCUAAAAUUCCCGAAAAAUUAGCUUUUUAUGAUUACAUUGGUAAUAAUCCAGCAAAAGGGGGAUUAUUCAGAGCAGGGUCAAUGGACAACGGGGAUGGAAUAGCUGUUGGGUGGUUAGGACACCCCGUCUUUAGAGAUAAAGAAGGGCGCGAGCUUUUUGUACGUCGUAUGCCUACCUUUUUUGAAACAUUUCCGGUAGUUUUGGUAGAUGGAGACGGAAUUGUUAGAGCCGAUGUUCCUUUUAGAAGGGCAGAAUCAAAGUAUAGUGUUGAACAAGUAGGUGUAACUGUUGAGUUCUAUGGUGGCGAACUCAAUGGAGUCAGUUAUAGUGAUCCUGCGACUGUAAAAAAAUAUGCUAGACGUGCCCAAUUAGGUGAAAUUUUUGAAUUAGAUCGGGCUACUUUGAAAUCUGAUGGCGUUUUUCGUAGCAGUCCAAGGGGUUGGUUCACUUUUGGCCAUGCUACGUUUGCUUUGCUCUUCUUUUUCGGACACAUUUGGCAUGGCGCUAGAACCUUGUUCAGAGAUGUUUUUGCUGGCAUUGAUCCAGAUUUGGAUGCUCAAGUGGAAUUUGGAGCAUUCCAAAAACUUGGGGAUCCAACUACAAAGAGACAAGUAGUCUGAUACAACAUUGCUCUGGUAUCUUUCGCCUCUUUUUUUGAUUUGACAUAGGGUUAGGGUACUGAAGAAAUCUUGACUUGAAUCACCAUCUUUUCUUUGACUCUUUCCUUUUCUUUAUAUGGUAAAUGAUGCCAAAUGAAUAGGUGUGGAAGCUAUAAUUGUAAACCACGAUCGAAUCUAUGGAAGCAUUGGUUUAUACAUUCCUUUUAGUCUCGACUUUAGGGAUAAUUUUUUUCGCUAUCUUUUUUCGAGAACCGCCUAAGGUUCCAACUAAAAAAUGAAAUAAUUUUUCAUUAUCUCAGUUGAAGUAAUGAGUCUCCCCAUAUGGGAGGCUCAUUACUUCAACUAGUCCCCGUGUUCUUCGAAUGGAUCUCUUAGUUGUUGUGAGGGUUGCCCAAAAGCGGUAUAUAAGGCGUACCCAGUAAAGCUUACAAGUAAACCAGAUAUGAAGAUGGCGACUAGGGUUGCUGUUUCCAUUUUUAGACAAUUUCAAGAUCACAAUGGAUCUACGAUAAGAUCGUUUAUUUACAACUACAACGGAAUGGUAUACAAAGUCAACAGAUCUCAACCAAUGAUUAAAUAGGAUUUAUGGCUACACAAACCGUUGAGGAUAGUUCUAGAUCUGGGCCAAGACAAACUACUGUAGGGAAUUUAUUGAAACCAUUGAAUUCGGAAUAUGGUAAAGUAGCUCCGGGCUGGGGGACUACACCAUUAAUGGGAGUCGCAAUGGCCCUAUUUACGGUAUUCCUAUCUAUUAUUUUGGAAAUUUAUAAUCUUCUUCCGUUUUACUGGAUGGAAUUACAAUGAGUUAAGUUUAUAAGAACUUUGAAGUCCUAGUUUUCAAUCAAAAAAAUUACUUUACUUAAAACUCGGAUUUCUAGACCAUUCUGGUAGUUCGACCGUGGAAUUUAUUUGUUUCGGUAUCUCCGGAAUAUGAGUGUGUGACUUGUUAUAAUUGAUCCUAUUGAUAAUACAGAGAAUGGUCCUGUUAUCUCUAUCGAGAUGAUUCUAUUUCGUCGGAUAGUUAUUCUAGUAUCUGGAGCACGGAAUAUAUAUAGAAUAUAGAAUAGAUUAAUAAAAGAAAUAUUAAAACUAUGAUUCAUACCUACUAUUCAGACCUCGCAACCGGACUCAGAAAUUUUCAAAUAGAUAUUUCCUAAAUCAAACGAUUUUUCUUCCUUCGGACUUAUUUUUUUCUUGACCGAAGGACAACUCUUUUUCUAGAUUUUGUUGAGUCAUUACAUUCAUCGAAUAAGUGAUCAUCAAAGGGUUCUUACUCAGAGAACCUUUGAGUUUAGCUUGAGGCUUUGCUUUAUUAAAUUAAAUCAUCGUGGUUCUAGUAUGAAUCUGGGGUUUCAAUUGAUUCAUAGGGUCUCAACAAGCAAAUUCCUAUCAAUAGUAAAACAAGAAUCAAUCCGCAUUACACAAAAAAACAAGAAAUAAAAUAACAAAUAAAAAAAUAGGGAAGAGAAGAUUCAAAAGGCCUGUAAUGAUCAACAUCAAAAGAGACAGAUGAGCCAACUUGAUAUUUUGAGGCAUUAUCAUACAAAGAAGAAAUUUCUUAUUUUUGUUACUUCGUAUCUUCGGGUCGGGGCAAAUCAAGCGGCUAAGCUAAGAAGUUUUUAACUUUCUAUUACAUAUCCGUUGAAAUCAGCAUUUGUGUGUUUCUGCUUGAGCCGUACGAGAUGAAAUUUUCAUAUACGGUUCUCAGAGGGGGAGUCCCUUGGCCUUGGUUACCUAUCUCAAUAAAGUAUAUGAUUGGUUUGAGGAACGUCUUGAGAUUCAGGCGAUUGCAGAUGAUAUAACUAGUAAAUAUGUUCCUCCUCAUGUCAACAUAUUUUAUUGUUUAGGGGGGAUCACACUUACUUGUUUUUUAGUACAAGUAGCUACAGGUUUUGCUAUGACUUUUUACUACCGUCCAACCGUUACAGAGGCUUUUUCCUCUGUUCAAUACAUAAUGACCGAGGCCAACUUUGGUUGGUUAAUCCGAUCAGUUCAUCGAUGGUCAGCAAGUAUGAUGGUUCUAAUGAUGAUCUUGCACGUAUUUCGUGUGUACCUUACAGGUGGAUUUAAAAAACCCCGCGAAUUAACUUGGGUUACAGGUGUAGUUUUGGCUGUAUUGACGGCAUCUUUUGGUGUAACUGGUUAUUCCUUACCUCGGGACCAAAUUGGUUAUUGGGCAGUAAAAAUUGUGACAGGCGUACCUGAAGCUAUUCCCGUAAUAGGAUCGCCUUUGGUAGAGUUAUUACGCGGAAGUGCUAGUGUGGGCCAAUCCACUUUGACUCGUUUUUAUAGUUUACACACUUUUGUAUUGCCUCUUCUUACUGCCGUAUUUAUGUUAAUGCAUUUUCCAAUGAUACGUAAGCAAGGUAUUUCGGGUCCUUUAUAGAAUCAUAGAUAUUUGUAAUUGAUCAUAUAUCAUACUGGGGAGGAACGAUAGACAAUAAUAUUUCAUUGCUAGAAAUAUGGAUUAUUGAAAAAAUAAGACAUGUUAUUUGGAUACUUUUCUUCAACUUCGAGGUAUUGUAUUCCUUAUUUGAUACGAAUAGUUGAAGUGAAUUUUCCGAAGAGAGGAUGGAUUAUGGGAGU